AUGUCGGACGCAGUUUCUCCAAGGGAGCUCUCUGCCCUACGCGCUGCUCUCCUCAACACGAGUGGUACUGUUCCAUUGCACGAUCGUUUCAGAGCUCUCUUCACGUUGAAAAGUUUGAAGAAUGAUGAUGCAGUUAAGAUCAUCUCUGAAGGUUUCGCCGAUCACUCGGCACUGCUCAAGCAUGAGCUUGCGUACUGCUUAGGACAGAUGAAGCUCGUCUCAGCUCUCCCAGUUCUUCAAUCAGUACUGGAGAAUCUGGACGAGGAUCCGAUGGUACGGCAUGAGGCAGCAGAAGCAAUAGGCGCAAUCUCAUCGCCUGAUUUCAAGGUAGUCCUCACGAAGUACCUCGCAGAUCCCAAUAGGAGCGUGCGUGAAACGUGCGAGAUCGCGCUCGCCAAAAUUGAAUGGGAUAAUUCUGAAGAGGGACGCCAGCAUCUUGCGUCAAAAGAAUCUUCAGAUCAGACUCCGACAUACACCUCCAUCGACCCCGCUCCACCCUCCUCCAAACUUCUCUCUGGCCAACCCAAACCUGAUGAUUGUCUGAAUCUGCAAUCGUCUCCCUCCCGCUAUCGGGCUAUGUUUGCACUCCGCAACAUCGGGACGCCAGCAGCUGUAGAUGCACUAGCAGCAGGAUUCUCUGAUGACAGCGCCCUAUUCAAGCACGAAAUCGCCUUUGUUUUCGGUCAACUCUUGAGCGCGCACUCUGUACCCUCGCUGCUUAAUGUUCUGCAGGACGCAUCUGAGUCCGAUAUGGUGCGACACGAGGCUGCGGAGGCGCUUGGAGGAAUCGCCACACCUGAGGUGCUGCCCCAUCUUAAAGAAUGGAUGACACGCGAGGAUUCUCCGCGCGUUGUGCGGGAGAGCUGUCAGAUUGCUGUUGACAUGUGGGAGUAUGAGAACUCGGGGCAAUUCCAGUAUGCGAAUGGACUGGAGAGUGUUAUGAUAGAGGCCACACCUGCCUGAUCUGUGUCGUCGUCGAAUCUAAUUGUUAAUCAACUCAUAAAUGUGAUCAGCGCGCCAAAUUUGCGCCAAAUGUGAUGAUCUCCGGGAUCCCGAAAGGUCGGCAAGCCCUUAUGUUCUUUAUACAAUUAGUUUCUCCUCUGAUCUGCAUCUGCAUCACCAUUAGAUUCCAUUUACUCCGUAGGGAGACGAGACCAUAUAUAUUUCCUUUCCGCAGAACAAGCAGAAACGGACAAUCAUUCUACGCAUUCAUGACAUUGUCUCCGCUCCUAAUUUUCCCUCUUCUUCUGUUGCCCCAGGUCAGUGAUGUUAUUCUCUCAGCUGCAGGUUCAUGUCGGAUGAUCUUCAAGAGUCUCUUGAUGGCACCUGUCCCACCUUGCACAAGAAUAUGGGGCACUUCGCCCGUUGCUGAGUUCUGAACUUGUAUGGCCCUGCGGUGGCUAAUGAUCUUCGUGUCUUUGGUGUAUCUCUUGCUAUCGCUUUAGCAGCUACGCAAGC